GUUAAUUAACUUUCAUUUCGUCAUCUUCUUCUUUCUCCUCAUCCUUAACCUAAUCCUUGACAUCAUCAUCUCACCAUUUAUCUUCUUCACCAUCCUCUUCUUUUUCAUCAUCUUGGUUCCUCAUAAAACCCGAUGUUGGGUUUUCCUCUUGAUCAUCCUGGUUCCUCACAGAACCCGGUGCAAGGUUCCGCGAGGAACCCAACUUGCCGAAGUGAACCCAGCCAUUUUCCAGCGUCCCCACCUGCAAAAUUGAGAAGCCGCCGGAUCUGCUCUGCUUCCUCCCCCUUUUGCCGCCGACUGCUGCUGGUUUUCCUGGUAGUGAGACCCGACGCGUGGGAAGCCCGGGGGAGUGACGAGCUAGAUGGCUAGGCACUUUUGGACUUAGUUUUUGUAGCUAAGCCGUUAGUCGCCCAUGCUUGACUUAGAAAUUUUUGUGUACAGAACUCCCUUAGUUAUGGUCACGACUGUGUAAAUGAAGUUAUAAAUCUUUGUACCUUUU